CCACAAUAAGAUGAUCUCUCUCUCUUUCUGCACGUGUGUGGGUGUUCGACCCGACCGGUGAAAGAGACGUUUUGACUCGUUGUUACGUUUCUAUUCCCAUUUUUAACAUUUAGUUAACAUCUGUCGUCGACGUAUUGUUUAAUUCUUGACAAAUAAUUGUAUUAAAAGAUCUCGUGUCACGGUUUAAAUUAGGAUUUAUGUAGUAGAAAGAAAUGUACUCAUUUAAUCAAUUGUUAGUUCUGGUGGUCACAACGCUGACAGCGUUUAACUCGACCUCGUACAUACUUCAGGUGAAGGGGUUAGAAAUUGAAACCGUUUUUGAACAAGAUUGUAUCGAUCCGCAUCCAAAUGUUGCAAGGAAUUUGGACUAUGCUUGGAUGCAUUCCAUCCCACGAUGGUACAUUCCCCUCCAGAGCAAGCUAAACAUGUACAGAUAUUCCGAAACCCUGCUAAAAACCCGGGUGGCCAACAUUACCCAGGAUCAGAUCGACAGUUCCUGCCUCUCUUUCAAGUUUGAUAAUCCCCCAGUACUUUACGGUUUUGGGGACAAAAUGGUUGGCUACACGACUACGAACGUGAUUGAGAACUCGUACGGAUUUAAUACCAGGUGGGAAGGAGACACGAGGGGACGCCAUUACCUCACCCUGCGAGAUAACAAGUCAUUCGUCUUCUUCACGACGUGUUGGACGGAUGGGAAAGCAUCCUGGUCGGUUAUUUCGACGGUGGAGGAUUUGGGCGAGGAAACAAAGUCGCAAAUAUUCGAACACGCGAAAUCGUUAGGAUUUAAAGAAGAUCUUUUCCUGGAGCAGGGUUAUGCAUCCUGUCCAAAAAUUGGUGAUGCUGACGAGUUGAGGAAAAAUGAGCUUUGAUGUACCAAUAACAUUACUCUUCCUUUAAGAAAUCUACAUAAAUACCUGGAGAAAAAUAGUCAUUUCAUUAACAAAUACCAUUAUAUUUUACAUAUAUUAUUUAACAAGGAAAAUAAAUUAAUAUACGAAAACCCUUCAUUAGUUCGCAAA